UCUCUGUGUGUGUAUGUAUAUAUAUUAAAAAACGCUGAAGUUUAACCUACUUGCAAAUACACACAGCGGCGCCUGCGAGGGUUCGGCUGGGAGCCGGAGAAAGAGGAGGCGGAGGAGCAGCAGCAGCAGCCGCCGCCGGAGGAAGGACCCGCCGCUUGGAAUUGAUGCGGCCGGGCUGGAGGUGCCUUUGCAAGCGCGGCGGGCAGGCUGGCCAGCUCGCUCGUGGGAAUAGCAGCCGCGUGUAAGGAAGGGAAGAAAGAGGAGCCGCCGCCGCUUUCCUCCUCCUGCCGAGGUGACUUUCUCAGCCGGGCCAUUUGCGAGUUUGCAGCCUUCCCUUCGGAUCGCCGCCUUUGGGUGCCCAGCUUGCGAUGGCUGACCACAUGAUGAUGUCGAUGAGCCACGGGGUGAACGGGAUGCAGGGCUACCGGAUAGGCAUGAACGGGAUGCAAGGCCCUCCGCAGCAGCACGUGCUAAGGACGCUCCCAGCCAACCACCAGAUGAUGCAGUACGGAGGCCCUGCCCUGGACGGAGGCAUAAGGCAGAGGCCCAGCAUCAAUGGACAGAUGGGGCACCACCAGGUCCCAGGCGCCAUGAUGUUCAGCAAUCCAAGCCAGCAACAACAACAACAACAACAACAACACCAGCAGCAGCAGCAGCAGCAGCAACAGCAACAAUAUUUGGGACCGGUGGGCACUCAGCAGCUCAUGGCUAGCAUGCACUUGCAGAAACUGAACACGCAAUACCAGGGCCACCCCCUCAUGGGCAUGAGCAACGGGCCCAUUGGGGCAGGGGUGCCGCAAUACAGGAUGGGACCCGGGCAGCACCUGGGGAUGCAGCACCUGCCCUCUCCGGCCCUGACCUUGAACGUUAUGGACACGGAUCCCAUCGACGAAGAGGUCUUGACGUCUCUGGUCAUGGAGCUCGGCUUGGACCGGGUUCAGGAGCUGCCCGAACUCUUUCUGGGACAGAACGAGUUUGACUUCAUCUCGGACUUUGUCAGCAAACAGCAGACCAGCGCUAUCAGCUGUUGAGGUGGCUGUGCUGUGGAAGCUGGCGCU